AUGGGCUACACCCACUACUGGAAAAUCCCCUCCGAAACUCAAGCAGUAUGGGAGAAACACUGGCCACUGCUGGUCAUGGAUGCGCGUGUGAUUGUUCAGGCUGCUGGAGUUCGUCUGCGUAAAUCCAUUGAUGAURAUGCGAUUGACUUGAAUGGAUACGACGAAUCCCACGAGGACUUUGUUCUCAAGCCCAUCUGCAUAGAUUUCGACUGUUGCAAGACUGCGGGGAAAGAUUAUGAUAUCAGUGUCUCGGCGAUUCUCCUCCGCGCAAGCCAGCUGUCUGGGCAGGCAAUACAGGUCAGCUCGGACGGAGAUUGGGAUUAUGAGUGGAUGGAGGCGCGGGAGCUCGUCUCGAAGUUGUGGCCUAUUGACGACAUGAAAUGUCCUUGGGAUGAGGAGGGAGGUGGAGAGAGUGAGGAAGAGAUGGAGGAAAAUGUCCCCGAUGAAAGACUUGAAGUGCGAUUUCAAGGACAAUGA